CUCACUCACUCCAUGACUCCAUUGCGAUCCCUUCACUCUCUCUAGAAAUUCCUGGUCUCUAUCUCCUCCAACCAAUGCCUCUACUCACGCUCAUCUCGGUUAUCCUCCUCCUCCCUGUUACCGCCGGCGACGUCCGGCGGGCGCUGCACGAGCCGCUCUUCCCCAUCGAAUGGACCCCGCCGCCGUCAACGACGGCGCCACCGGCCCCGGGCUUCGCCGCAGACCCCUCCACGCCGGUCCCACCCGAUGACGGCGGUUCCACGCUGCUGCCCCCGCCGCCGGCCCCCACCACCGUCUCCGCGGACGCCUCCUCCUCCCGCACCGGCCCAGCGCCGCGCCUCCACGGCGGAGGCGGCGGGGGGACGCCCAAGGCCGCCAUCGUCGUCGCGUCCGCCGCAGCGGCGGCCGUCCUCGCGCUGCUCGCCUUCGCUGCCGCAUUCCUCCUCACCGGCCGCCUCGCGCGCCACCCCGCACAUUCGCACAAGCCCCCGGCCGCCGCAACGCACUCUGGUCCUGCCGUCGUCGCGGUGCACGCCGACGCAGUUGGUCCCUCUGCGGCGGGCUCCUCGUCGGGCGCCACCCAGUAUCGGAAGGUACGCACCGAGCGCGCGCGGCGGGGCAUGUGCCGUGACGUCGACACAGUCCCGAGCCCCGAGCUCCGGCCGCUCCCGCCGCUGCGGCGCGCGGGGUCGUCCGACGAGGACGCGGCGUACUACACACCGGGCCAGCGCUCGGCGGGUUCCGGCGGCGGCGAGGGCGCCGGGGCAUGGAGCGAGGCGAGCGCGUCCAGCCCGCACACCACUACGCCCUCCCGCCGCAGCCUCCCCAGCCUUACCAGCGACUUCUUCCCCCCAACGCCGGCAGCCGCCACCGUGGUACCCCCUCCGCCCGCCCCUCCAGCGCCACGCUCCCGCCGGACGCUGCCGCGCACCCGCUUCUCUGCCGGCUCCGCCUCGGACAUGAUCAAACAAAUGGUCGCGCCACCCUCGAACCCACCACCCCCACAGCCUCCUCCACCACCAGCAGCGCCAGGAUUCCACAGCGCGAUCCCAAAACCACCGCCGCCACCUGAGCCGUCCGCUGGGCCAUUGUCGGGACGUCGGCUGCUGAAGCCGGCGCAAACUGAGGAGCCCAGUGGCGCCGCACCCAGAGCGCAAACUGAGAACACUACUGGCAUUUCAAUGCGGAUGCAAGAUGAUGCCAGUGAUGAAGCGCGGCCGAAGCUGAAGCCGCUGCACUGGGACAAGGUCCGGGCUUGCUCUGACCGUGACAUGGUCUGGGACCGGCUCAAGUCCAACUCAUUCCAACUAGAUGAGGACAUGAUCGAGGUGCUUUUCAUGAACAAGGCAGCAAAGGCGCCUCCUAGUAGGGACACCCCGAAGAAAGCUGGUGUGCCGCAGUGCAGACAAGAGGAGAAGGUCCUCGAUCCCAAGAAGGCGCAGAACAUUGCCAUCCUUCUGCGUGCGCUGAAUGUCACGCUGGAGGAGGUCUCCGAUGCACUGCUAGAUGGCAAUGCUGAAUGUUUGGGAGCUGACCUUUUGGAAACCUUAGUAAAGAUGGCUCCUACGAAGGAGGAAGAACUGAAACUUCGAAACUUCACUGGGGACUUAUCAAAGCUUGGUUCGGCAGAGCGUUUUCUUAAAGCGCUGCUUGAUAUACCUUUUUCCUUCAAAAGAGUUGAUGCUAUGCUAUACAGAGCAAAUUUUGAGAGUGAAAUAAAUUACCUCAGAAAAUCUUUUGAAACAUUAGAGGCAGCUUGUGAUGACCUAAAAGGUAGUAGAUUGUUCCUGAAGCUACUUGAAGCUGUCCUGAGAACUGGAAACCGAAUGAAUGUUGGCACAAACCGGGGCCAGGCAACAGCCUUCAAGCUAGACACCCUCCUAAAACUUGCAGAUGUCAAAGGCACCGAUGGUAGAACCACCCUGCUACACUUUGUUGUUCAAGAAAUUGUCCGAUCUGAAGAUGCGAAAUCAGAGAAAGCUGAAGAAAAUCAGGUCAGAAAUAUCGUCAAAUAUGAACAGUUCCGUAAGCAAGGCCUGAAAAUUGUGUCUGGGCUGAGCAACGAGCUAGGGAACGUCAAGAAAGCAGCAAGCAUGGACUUCGACGUGCUGCACGGAUAUGUAUCGAAGCUUGAAGCUGGUCUUGGGAAGAUCAAGUCGGUCAUCCAGCUCGAGAAGCAGUGCACUCAGGUCCAGAAGUUCUUUGUAACGAUGCAUGAUUUUCUGAAGGAAGCUGAGCUGGAAAUUGAACAUGUCAGGUGCGAGGAGAAGAGGGCUCUGGGAAGAGUGAAAGGGAUCACCGAGUACUUCCACGGUGAUGCUGCGAAGGAGGAAGCACACCCUCUGAGGAUAUUCAUGGUGGUGAGGGAUUUCCUCUCCAUGUUGGACCACGUCUGCAGGGAAAUCAGCCAGCAGGACAGGAAGGUUGUUGGAUCUACAAGGUCCUUCCGUAUGUCAACGACUGCAAUGCCGGUCCUGAAUACGCGCAGCCAGCAUGGAAGAGAGAGCAACUCCGACGAUGAUAGUUCGUCAUGGCAGGAAUUGGAGAUCAGGGAGGAAGCAUACUGAAUUUUUUAAACGAACAGGACCACAAGAAUCCUAUAGAUGAAUACUAUUACCAAUUACCAUAGAAAAUCAAGCACAUAUGUAAGUUUUGAUAAGUACGAAGAUAGGUCAAAUCAUGUUGUAUAAUUAUCGAUGGUUCGGAUUCUUUUUUGUACAAAAUAAAUAAAUCAUGAGUAUUAUUGUUGUUCCGUGGUCCUAGUUUUGCACCAUUGGGACGGAAAGCAAGAUUAGUUUUCAGUCA